AUGGGAGUCGCCCGGGGGUAUCAGCGGUUCCUGCAGCAGCAGAGCCUCAUCUCACGGUGCCCCAGCCAUUCGUCUUCAACACGGAGAAGAGGCGUGGGUCUCAGAAUGAGAAGACGAAGGAGGUGGGGUGACGAUGAUAGACUUUUAUGGAUGAGCGUGCGAAGCCUUGAAACAGAUGGACGCCUUUUAUUGCAAGCCGAAGAAGAAGCCAGUCUUGCUGCUUCUGGUUCCCCUUGUCUUAUCGCUUCUCGUUCGGUAACAUCUCAUGAAGGUACUGGCGUGUCCGUGUUGCGUGAUGUGCAGGCGAAACCGUUUGUGUCCCUUGCUCAGAGCGUCAGCAUGUUCGGCAUCAGGGGCAACCGAUCAUCAGAGGUCGAGUCAGGUUCACACGAUGGCGGGUCCACACACGAGCUUGGCCUGACCAUUCCUGAACCGUUUGACUUCAAGACAAACAGGCGGCAGCGACCGAAAGACGAGCAGCUGAAGAAGGAAGCGAAGCCGUUUGUGUCACUCGCUCAGAGCGUCAGCAUGUUUGGCGCCAGGAGCGAUCACCGAUCGUCAGAGACGGAGCACAAAGCACACGAGAGUGGACCUUCCCACGGGGCUACUCUUACCGUACCUGAGCCGUUUGACUUCAAGACUGACAGGCGCUUGCGACCAAAGGACGAGCAGCUUAAAAAGGAAGCGAAGCCUUUUGUCUCGCUUGCUGAGAGUGUCAGCAUGUUUGGCGCCAGGAGCAGCCGGUCAUCUGAGACCGAGUCCCACGCACAUGAGGGCGGGCCUUCCAACGGGGCUACUCUAACCAUUCCUGAACCAUUCGAUCUGAAGACAGACAGGCGCCAGCGACCCAAGGACGAGCGGCUGAAGAAGGAAGCGAAGCCAUUUGUGUCCCUCGCCCUGGAGCUCAGCUCGUUCUCCGCACACAUGAGGCCGGAAGGCGAGGCUCCUACUGCCGCCUCUGCUGCUGCUUCCGAUGCUCCCCGUGUGACCAAGCCUGUGACGCCGAAGCUGCUGACGGCCCAGAGGGAGCGGCCGAGGAGGUUCCGGGUGCUGCAGGAAGGGGAAGCUGCUGGCACUGGGGUGAUGACCCGGUCUGCAUCAAAGAGGGGCGCGACAGCUACUGCCGCUGGUGGUGCUGGUGGUGGUGCUGGUGGUGUGGCUGGUCCAAGGCUUCCCACGGUACCUUGCUCGCCCAUGCUGACCACCAAGCUGCGAGCACGAGCAGCAAAGGUGAAGAGCAGCGAGGAGAGGGAGCUGGAGGAGAUGGCGAGCACGGCUAAGCGCAUGCAUACCAGCAAGCACGGCAGCUCAGAGGUGCCAACCGUCACUCAUCCACGGGAGUUCCACCUGUUUACUGAGGAGCGUGGGCAAGCGAAGCAGCACAAGUUACAGCAGAAGCUGGCAGAAGAGGAGGAGGAGAGGCGCAGGGCAGCCAUUCCCUUGGCAGCACCCAUGCCAUUCACCACCCUCGCCCCAGAGUUCCUCCGCAAGCCGCCAACUAAGCCAGCCACCGAGCCAGAGGAGUUUGAGCUAGAGUCGGUGAGGCGGCACCAGAUGGCACAGCAGCGGCUGGAGGAGGAGGCGCAGAGGAAGGCGCAGGAGGAGGCUGCUCAGAAGGAGUUCCAUGCACAGCCCCUGCCUGACAUGACCAAGCGGCCUGAGUCCCCACGGCGCAUUCGCGUGCUGACGGAGGUGAAGCCGUUCAACCUGAACGUGGACCGCCAGGCAGAACACCAUACAUGCGCCAAGAAAGCGUUUGCUGAGAGGUGUCAGCAGGGUGAAGAGGAGUACGCCAAGAUGCAAGCACGAUGCAGGAAGGAGGAAGAGGAAGAAAUCAAGAGGAUGCGUAAGGGGAUGGUUCACCACGCAGUUCCCAAGCCCUCCUACGGGGAACCAUUUGUUCCAAAACGGUCAGGGAAGCCCUUGACUCAACCAGUGUCCCCUUGUCCAGGCUUAGAGGCUGUGCGAGCAAGUAGGUUGCAGCAGGAGGACAUGUAUUAA